UAUUUUUAUGUUAAAAUUGAAUAUUUGAAUUUAAAUUCUUUUUCUUAAAUUGUUGACUUAUUUUGUCAUUCAGAGCGCUGUUUAUUGGUUGAAUGGAAAGAUUGGUGGAUUAGUGGGUCGUAAAACUCAUUGUUGUGCUUAAAUAUCACUUAGGCAGGUAAAAAUCGUAUUUUCCUUGUCUACUUUCGUAAUUGGCCGCCUAUUUGGCGCGCUUUUUGUCACGGCUAGCGUCGAUAAGCGGAGAGGACAUCGACCGCGUAUUGCAGGCAAGGGAGUGGUGUUGCACGCCACCAAUACAGUAAGAGACUUGUGACUAGUGCCAGCGACCAUUGGUCUACGUUUUCUCGACCAAUCAUUGGAAAAGUACCAACUAAAAUAUCCAAUCGAUUAAAUAAUGGAGCAGUUAACAACACCGGACGGGCAGGUGGUAUUACAACCUAUACAGGGUGUUAGCCCGCAACAAGUACAAGUAAUGCAAAUGAAUGGCCAAGUCUUACAAGGCACAAAUGGACAACAAAUCAUGGUGCAUACAGUGCCCCAAAGUGGCCAAAUCCAGGUGGCACAAGCGGGGGGUCAAGGUUUGCAACAAAUACAAGUAGUGCCGGUUAGUAGCCUGCAACAGGGGCAAGUUUUGAUGCAGCAACCGCAACAGGCUCAAAUCGUGCAAACGGCCGACGGCCAAACGUUCAUAUACCAGCCUAUAUCCCUCGAUGGGGGCAUGCAACAGCAAGCCCCUACGGUUUUGAAUAUAAACGGCAAUUUGGUGCAGAUUACCGGGUCUCCGCAAGCAGCCCAAGCGGCCGCGCAAAUACAGCAACAGGCUACGGCGUCGCCUACGACGCAGACUGUGGUGCAACAGCCCAACCAACUUGCGAUGGCUAAUGGGAAUUUAGUCAUGGUGAGAAAUAGUGCCGAUAUGGUGCCUAGUACGAGUACGUCCAAUUUUCAAAGAGUGCCUAUUUCAACAGAGAGUUUUCUGGAAGAAGAACCUUUAUAUGUCAACGCUAAACAGUACAGGCGGAUACUAAAACGAAGACAAGCGAGGGCAAAAUUAGAAUCAGAAGGCAAAAUUCCCAAAGAGCGACCAAAGUACCUGCACGAGUCGCGGCACAGGCACGCGAUGAACCGAAUUCGGGGCGAAGGCGGCCGAUUUCACUCGGGCUCGGUGAAAAAACGACGGGAGGAAAUGGCGCGGCAAAUGCAACAGCAGCGAAGUCAGCAGCAGCAAGAAGUCCAGCAGCAAGCCUUGUACGAAAUGGCAACACCGAUUAUCCUUGAGAAUGUGAUGAGUCAAGAUAUGAUUAAGCAAGAUCCGCUUUCAAUAGAAGGGAAUUAGUGCUAAUUUCUAAUUUAUUCAAGGAUCUGUUACAUUGUAAAUAUUUAGAUGUUUUUGUAUAUUUGUAGUUAAUUUGUUAGACUGUAACCACAUAUCUUUUGUAUUUGUUUAUUUUUGUAUGAAUAUGGCAUAGCCAAGUACAAUUUGUUAUUUUCCGACUGAUAUAAAAUUUUGC